AUGUCUGACGACGAAGAAGAGUUAGGCGAAGAAGAACAGGGAGAUAACUUAGGAACGUACGAAGGUGAUCGUAACGAACAAAAUGAGCGUCAUGGUUUCGGAAAAGCAACAUUGCCUAAUGGAGAUACAUACGAAGGUCAAUACGAACAUGGAAAACGGCAUGGAACUGGUACUUAUCGAUUUACAAAUACAGCUCGUUACAUAGGUGAAUAUCAGAAGAACAAACGGCACGGCAAAGGCAUUUUCUACUAUCCUGAUGGAUCGAAGUAUGACGGUGAAUGGAAUGAAAAUAUUCGUGAAGGUCAUGGAAUAUAUACGUAUCCAAACAAUGAUACGUACGAAGGUGAAUGGAAGAAUCAUCAAAGACAUGGCAAAGGAAUGUAUACCUAUGCCGCAACGAAAGCACAAUAUACCGGAACGUGGCGAGAGGGCAAACGACAAGGCCCUGGCCAACUUCUCUUCAACAAUUAUCGAUAUGUAGGAAAAUUCCACGACAACUAUCCGAAAGGAAAAGGUAGAUUUGUUUUCAAAAAUGGUUAUCAACAAAAUGGAGAAUAUCAUAUCACAACCACAGCCGAUGAAGAAGAUUCCGAAGCACCACCACAAGUACAAUACAGAUGGAUUGCACGUAAUGUUACUGCGACACAACAAGAAGAGCCUUAUGAUUUAGACGACGAACGGCCGGCAACAAGUCGAUCACAAGAUCAAGAUGGUCAUCACAAAGCACAUGGCAAUGGUGUUGGUGAAAAUGCCGAGAAUGAACAUAAUCCAGACGGUACUGACGGAGCCGAUGGAAAUGAAGACGAAGAAAAUCAACAAGGCAAUGAUGAUAUUCCAGGCGAAGAACAAUUCGAUGAAGAAGGAUAA